AUGGGAGUUACAAGGAAGCAGCUUGAAGCAGCAGGAGCUCAGAUGGAAGAGAGACAUCUCAGAGGGAGGCAAGUGAAGAAGCGUCCAAAAGCAGAAGGGAACCAGGAUAGAGGGGCAAUCAAGCAUACAACAGUUUUGCCCUUUGUAUUAAUCGAGAUGAGAACAACACAUCAUCAGUAUCCCAGCAGGAGCUGUGGACUGGCGGCGGUGUGCACCUUUGCUGUUGGCUAUAUUUUAUGGGUGUGCUGGAUUCACCAUGUCACAGGAGUGUGGGUGUACCCGCUUCUUGAGCACCUCAGCCCAGGUGUAAAAGUAAUAUUUUUUGCAGCCGUUACUGUAAUAAUUAACAUGUUCUACUUGGUGGGAGAGGUCUUGAACAACUACAUCUGGGAUACCCAAAAAUGUAUUGAAGAAGGAAAAGAAAAGCCAAAAUUGGACUGAAAAAUAGAGGCAACAUGGAGCAUUGUUUAAGGCUUCACGGAAGAUUUCUUAUCACCAACAGAGGUUGGCAUGGAGAGGAAUCUUUCGGAAAGGAGGAAGUUUAAUAGGCCGUCUGCUCAGUUCAAGGAUAUUUUGGGGUUUUAUAUGGAGGGAAAAUGAUUUUAGCUAAGAAUAAUAAUAAUGUUUCAACAUCAUUCCUGUCUCGCCAUUCUUGCAUGUGACAUGCACAUAUAAGAUGUAUAUUUAUCACCAUGGCACUCAUGUGCAUUCCUUGCAUCAAAUAAGUCAUUAAAUCAUGAAGUCAUU